AUGGCAGUGACUCUGGGCUAUUGGGAUCUGCGAGGGUUAGGCCAACCGAUCAGGUUUUUGCUACAAUACGUGGGCAUUGCCUUCACUGACGUGCGCUAUCGGAUCGGACACAACUGGACUGAUCCGGACCUCCGGGAGGACUGGCUGCGAGUGAAGUGGGAUUUGGGUCUCGACUUCCCUAACCUUCCCUAUUAUAUUGAGGGAGAGUUGAAGUUAACGCACAGCCGAACUAUACUGCGAUACUUGGGCUCAAAGCACGGCCUCUGCGGCCAAACGGACGCCGAAAAGACGAGAAUAGAUAUGAUUGAGAACUAUAUGGAGGACAUGAGGAACGACGGCCUCCGACACGUCGUCUAUUCACCCAACUAUAUGGAGGACAUGAGGAACGACGGCCUCCGACACGUCGUCUAUUCACCCGUUUUUGAUCCCAAACUGGACUUCGAGACACUUAAAGCCGAAUACAUCUCCAAAAUGGGCUCUUAUUUACGGGAAAUAUCAAACUUUUUGGACACUUUCGAGUGGAUGGCCGGCAAUCGUCUCACUUUCGUCGACUUCUGGGUCUACGAAGUGCUCGAUUGGAACCGUCUCUUCCGAAGCGAUUGUCUCAAUGAAUGCCACAAUUUAUUACAAUAUAUGAAUCGAUUCGAGGCUUUGCCACCAAUUAAUAGAUAUAUAAAUUCCGAUCAAUUCAAUAGAUUCCCGAUAUUCGCGCCGUACGCCCGGUUUGGGGGUCAACCACAUCCUGAUUAG